GAACUGUUGCCACUUUCUUCCGGUGAACGAAACAACAAUAUUGCUGAAGAGAUGGCAGAGAUCGGGGAAGACGAGCUCAAAAAGCUCGAAUAUUUGUCUUUGGUGUCUAAAGUUUGUACCGAACUUGACAACCAUUUAGGAAUCAACGAUAAGGACCUUGCUGAGUUUGUAAUCAGUCUUGCUGAGAAACAUCCAACCAUUGAUGGAUUUAAGUCAGUCCUGGUAAAAAAUGGAGCCGAUUUCUCAGAUUCACUCGUCAGCAAUUUGCUUCGUCUCAUUCAAACCAUGCGUCCUCCUGCAAAAGCAUCUACCAGUAAAGGAUCUCAUCCUGUGGCUAAACCAAAGAAUGAAAAGGACCAGCUGAAAGAGCUGUUUCCAGCUCUGUGCAGACCUGACAAUCCUAAUACUAGGACUAUGCUGGAUGAGGAUGAUGUGAAAGUUGCUGAUGAUGCCAUGAAAGAGUUGGAGAUGUUUAUGCCUAGUGUUAGUGGUACAGAACCUAGCAGCAGUAAACACAGAUCCGAAAGCAGCAGUAAGAAGAAGCGGAGGAGCAGAAGUCGGAGCAGAGACAGGGAUAGGGAAAGAGACAAAGACAGACGGAGACGCCAUCGCUCUCGCUCCCGUUCCAGAUCUCGCUCCAAUGAGAGAGACAGAAGGAAGCGCAGGAGCCGCUGGCACUCUCGCAGCAGGUCCAGGAGUCCUGCACGGGGAGACCGAGAUAAAGGCUCCGACCGCUGGAAGGACAAACAUGUUGACCGGCCCCCACCGGAGGAGCCAUCUGUGGGGGAUAUCUACAAUGGCAAAGUCACCAGUAUUAUGCAGUUUGGCUGCUUUGUGCAGUUGGAAGGUCUCAGGAAACGCUGGGAAGGCUUGGUCCAUAUUUCUGAGCUCAGAAGAGAAGGUCGGGUAGCAAAUGUGGCAGAUGUGGUCAGCAAAGGUCAAAGGGUCAAAGUCAAGGUGUUGUCCUUCACUGGAUCCAAAACAAGUCUCAGUAUGAAGGACGUUGACCAGGACACUGGUGAAGAUCUUAACCCUAACAGGAGGAGAAAUGUGGGUGGAGAAGGUCAGGAAGAGUCGGCCAUGAGGAAUCCUGACAGACCCACUAACCUCAACCUGGGCCAUGCUCCAGAGGUAGAGGAUGACACAUUGGAACGCAAAAGACUCACCAAGAUAUCCGAUCCGGAGAAGUGGGAGAUCAAACAGAUGAUUGCUGCCAAUGUGUUGUCUAAGGAGGAAUUCCCAGACUUUGAUGAAGAGACAGGAAUUCUGCCUAAAGUUGAUGAUGAGGAGGAUGAGGACUUGGAGAUUGAGCUGGUGGAAGAGGAACCUCCAUUCCUGAGGGGGCACACCAAACAGAGCAUGGACAUGAGUCCUGUCAAGAUUGUCAAGAACCCCGAUGGAUCUCUCUCCCAAGCAGCCAUGAUGCAGAGUGCCCUGGCCAAAGAGCGACGGGAGGUGAAACAGGCCCAGCGGGAGGCUGAAAUGGACUCGAUACCCACUGGCCUUAACAAACACUGGGUGGACCCACUGCCUGACACUGACGGCAGGCAGAUAGCUGCCAACAUGAGGGGCAUAGGUAUGAUGCCCAACGACAUCCCAGAAUGGAAGAAACACGCCUUUGGCGGCAACAAGGCAUCCUAUGGCAAAAAGACUCAACUUUCUAUUCUAGAGCAAAGAGAGAGUCUUCCUAUCUACAAGCUGAAAGAGCAGCUCAUUCAGGCUGUCCAUGACAACCAGAUCCUGAUUGUGAUCGGUGAGACGGGCUCAGGGAAGACCACUCAGAUCACUCAGUACCUGGCUGAGGCUGGAUACACCACACGGGGGAAGAUCGGGUGCACACAACCCAGAAGAGUGGCAGCCAUGUCUGUGGCUAAAAGAGUGUCGGAGGAGUACGGUUGUUGUUUAGGUCAAGAGGUUGGAUACACCAUCCGUUUUGAGGACUGCACAAGUCCCGAGACUGUCAUUAAGUACAUGACGGACGGUAUGCUGUUAAGAGAGUGUCUGAUUGACCCUGAUCUGGGCCAGUAUGCAAUCAUUAUGUUGGAUGAGGCCCAUGAGAGAACCAUUCACACAGACGUGCUCUUUGGCCUGCUCAAGAAGGUACGCUUUCACAAAAAGAGAAGAAAUGUGGUUAUUGCUACUAACAUCGCAGAGACUUCUUUGACAAUUGAUGGGAUCUACUAUGUGGUGGAUCCAGGUUUUGUCAAGCAGAAGGUUUAUAACUCCAAAACUGGCAUUGAUCAGCGUAGUUACCCCAUUUCCCAGGCCCAGGCUAAGCAGCGAGCGGGCAGAGCAGGUAGAACAGGCCCUGGGAAGUGCUACAGACUCUACACAGAACGUGCCUACAGAGAUGAGAUGCUCACCACCAACGUACCUGAGAUUCAGAGAACUAACUUGGCCAGCACUGUACUUUCUCUAAAGGCAAUGGGCAUCAAUGACCUAUUGUCAUUUGAUUUCAUGGAUGCUCCGCCCAUGGAGACGCUCAUCACGGCCAUGGAGCAGCUGUACACUCUAGGAUCGUUGGAUGAUGAAGGUUUGCUCACACGCCUCGGUCGUAGAAUGGCUGAGUUUCCUCUGGAGCCCAUGCUUUGUAAGAUGUUGAUCAUGUCCGUCCAUCUUGGCUGUAGCGAAGAGAUGCUGACCAUAGUGUCAAUGCUCUCAGUACAGAAUGUCUUCUAUAGACCAAAGGACAAACAAGCUCUGGCAGACCAGAAGAAGGCUAAGUUUCACCAGCCUGAGGGGGACCACCUGACUUUGUUGGCUGUCUACAACUCCUGGAAGAACAACAAGUUUUCCAACCCCUGGUGCUACGAAAACUUCAUCCAGGCGCGAUCUCUCCGUCGUGCGCAGGAUAUCCGCAAACAGAUGCUGGGCAUCAUGGAUAGACACAAGCUGGAUGUGGUAUCAUGCGGUAAAGCCACAGUACGUGUACAGAAAGCCAUCUGCAGUGGUUUCUUCCGAAAUGCAGCCAAAAAAGAUCCUCAAGAAGGUUACAGGACCCUCAUAGACCAGCAGGUGGUCUACAUCCACCCCUCUAGUGCGUUGUUCAAUCGCCAACCUGAAUGGGUGGUGUAUCAUGAGCUUGUGCUGACCACUAAAGAGUACAUGAGGGAGGUGACCACCAUUGACCCAAGGUGGCUUGUAGAAUUUUCUCCAGCAUUCUUCAAAGUCUCUGAUCCCACACGCCUCAGCAAGCAGAAGAAACAGCAGCGGUUGGAGCCCCUCUACAACCGCUACGAGGAACCAAAUGCCUGGAGAAUAUCCAGAGCCUUCAGACGACGCUAGAACCCAUACUGCCGCUGAACAAAACAUCAACUUUGUGGUGUUGGCAGAGUGGAGGAUAAAAUGGACAGAAUCUAAAAAUGUUCGUAAGAAACAUGAGGUGCCCCAAUUUUGUUUUUUUUUAUAUACAAACAUAUUUGAAUUUAAAGGCGACUUUUCCUCAAAUUUUAGCUAACCUGGUUUUCUGCUUGCACUUUUUUUUUCUUUUUUUUUUAUCAGAAGCAUUUCAUUUUAUAUUUUUAUUUUGAAUGUCUCCCUGGGAUUUAUGAUUGAAAUUAUCCCUACCUUGUAUUUAAAAGAAUAAAAUAACCUGAGGGAUCAAAAUAUGAAAUAAAAUUAUCUGGGCUAUUUAACC